AUUCACAACCCGCCCUGCAAAGGAUGGCCAGAACUCGACUCCGAAAGUCCACAACGGACUACUUCUCAAAACUUUCUCCCGAGAUUCUGCGCUCCAUAUUUUCAUAUUUUUGUCCCCACUGCUGCAACGAGUAUCAGUGGCCUUUUGGGGCCCCACCGGAGUCAAAGAGAGUUCAGGAUAAUACAACCCUAUACAACCUUUGCUUGGUCUCGCGAUAUUUCCGUCCCUUUGCCCAAGAGAUCUUACAUCAUUCGUUUGAUCCUUAUUACACCAGUUGGGAUGCCCCUAAUCCGUGGGAGCGACGGCUUGAGCCAUUUCUUCAGACCAUCGCCUCUCGGCCGGACUUGGCUCGCUCUGUCAAAACUGUCUUUCUAAAAGUCCGCUUGGUUGAAUCACUUGACUUUGAUCAAAGCCGAAAAGUUUUCGAUACUUGUGCACGCACCUUUGGAAGUAGUGCCCAGGAUGUCUCUGACAAACGCCACGAUCCUCGCUCGUCUACCAUAAAACGAGCGUUUUUUCGAGGGACACGUCCACCUAAAAACAUGAGGUCGCGGGACUUUAUUCCCACUGCCGCAGGCCAACUUCUGUCUAUUCUGGUGUCUAUCCUCCCGAAUCUGGAUCACAUUGGUAUUGAGGAAGAUCGUCGUUGGCAACUCGAUGUGUCACCUGUUACUCUCGGUGUCCUGGGUAUCAACUCUAUUCCGCUCAAGACACUUGAGACCGAUUAUUCUCUCCCAAACUUACUUCCUCGGACACCGGAGCUUGAGACCUUGGUGACUUCGGCAUCAGACUGGUUUCCGAACAUGCCUUGCCUAAGGAACCUUCACAUUCGAUCUCGGAACGCUGUUCAAGCCACUACCUUAGGCCACCUUCUAUCAGCCUGCACUGGUACCCUAUCUACAUUAUCCUACACUUCCUUCGACUCUAACAUCGUGGGCAUUGUAACCCUCCUCGACAAACCUAGGUUUCACGCCAGUCUCGAGACUCUGCACCUUGACAUGAGACAUUACUGUGACCGAGGGAAUCAUGAAAUGCCCAGCCUAAAGCAAUUUACCCGACUCAAGAGACUGUUCCUCCAGACAUACCUUCUUUAUGGCCCGAAAUACCCCACCUGUUGCGAGGGAAAUUGCGUGUUCAAGUCUCUUGUUGACAUCCUUCCGCCGAGUAUCAUAUCUCUUGAACUUUCGGAACGCACACAGACGCCGUAUGGCCGUAUGCAGAACGAUCUGCUCAUUUUAGCUAAGAAUGUGGCUGUUGAUUUUCCGCAACUGAAGGAAAUUCAAAGCAAUGCUGAUCAUGUCUGCGAUGAGUAUCCCGAGGCUUUGUUCAAGAGCGUUGGGGUCGACCUUAUACAUCGGGACCCGACCCUGUGUUGCUGGAUAAACACAGUUUGUAGGAUCAUAAGCACGGUGAAUCAUGCUUAUGAUUCUGAUUAUGAUGAACGUGGAUGUGAAGGUGGGGGUUGUGGUAUGCCCUUGCCUGGUGAACUUUCAGAUGAAGAUUUGUGAAAUAGAAUAGAAGUAUCAAGAAUAAAU